GGUAGCAGUUAAAGUGCAGUGCUAUUAUUCGCGAUUGUUAUGGCAGAAGAUUGUACAGUAGUGCGAUUUUCAAGAGAUUCCUCUCUUGCAAAAAUCGAAAAUUUAAAACAGGGAGAAAGCCCGGAUAAAUUUACAGAAUGCGGCCGUUUUGGACCAUUUUACGUUGUUUGUAUUGGUCUAUCGAUCAUAACCUAUGUCCUAGAUUUAAUACUAGCUUGUAUUUUAUUAUACUUUUAUUCUAUUAACGGUUAUGGGUUGUAUUUCGCACUUACGUUAACGUUUCUUGUUAUUCCCGCAAUUAUUAUGACUACAGUUAAUUUACGAUGGUAUAUUGUAGACCACGACGAUCCCACCUUAGACCGUAUCUCAGUGUCGCAAUGGAUCAUCAGAAUAAUAUUUCUUUUGCUCCAACUGUCUCCUCUUUUGAGGUACAUAGAUACACUAAUUUACGGUAUUCGAAGUAAAAUAGAAGCCUCUACUGGUAAUGAGGCUAAACAAACCAUUUUGUAUCGUCGGAUGUUGGACGAAGACACGAAUAGUGCCCUUUUGAGAUUGUUCCACUGUUUUUUACAUGCUGCUCCUCAAGCCAUAAUACAAUUGGUCAUUUUGCUCAGUCAUGUUGCUCAUCCAGAAAAACCUAAUUUAAACAUAAAUAUAGCUGUACUACAAGCAUGGACUGUCUUGGUAGCCCUCAUGUCAAUAGCUUGGUCGUUAACUUCAUAUCACAGAUCAGUACGUUAUGCCAGGGACGAUAAAGACAAAAUGAAGUGGCCAGGCAUCCUAGUUGCCUUUUGCUGGCAAUUGAUGAGUGCAUUGUCCCGCGUCCUAGCCUUAAGUCUUUUAGCUUCAAUAUUCCCUGCCUGGAUGGGUUGCGUGUGUGCGUUACAUUGGGGUGUAAUGUCCGUAUGGCUUGCCUUGGGCCAACAUCAAACAGCAGCAUGUGGUAGCCGAUGCGAGGAAUUGCUUUUAUCAACAGCGUUAGGACUGGCAUACGUAUUGGCGUUUAUAUCUCCACGAGACGGACCAACACGUUAUGUCUACUUAGCUUAUUAUUUAGUAUGCUUUAUGGAAAACACAGCAGCACUGGUAGUAUGGUGUGUUACUAACAAUUCUGUCGACAAUCCUAUGCUGUAUUAUGGAGCAGCUGGGGGACAGAUAGUCACAUUUUUACUUGGUAUUAUAUUUUUACUUGUUUACUACAAUUGUUGUCAUCCUUCUAUAAUGAACCGGUCGAAAAUUCCAAGCCUGGAUUCCGAUUUUUUGGAGUCUGAAAGGCCAGGUUAUAGCAAAUCAUAUAAUUUAAGAUCUCGAUCUUGAUCUUUGGUUUACGUCUAAAAAGACGUAAAAGGUAUAUUACUUAUGGAAGUUAUUGUUAUCUAUGCACAAGUAUUUAUUUCUGACGUUAAAUACAAUUUUCAAUGCAGUUUUGUCGGUAUAUUUUUAUAAAAUAUUUGAUUUUAAAGAAUCAUUUUUAUGUUGGUUCUUCUGUAUGAAGCAGACUUACUUUUUUGUUCAUCCCUUUAACUGCGAUUGAAAAUGGCUGUAGCGUAGCAUUUAAUUGUGCAUUAGACAAAACGGAAGUUUUUUUUUCAAAAAUUGAAUAUAUUAUGUACUGACGUAACUAAAUAGUCCCCG